AACAGAUUCAGAGAGGAGGAAGAGGAGGAAACAUCGGAGCAGCAGCAGCAGCAGCAGCAGCAGAAGGAGGAGGAGGAGGAGGUGGAGGAUGAAGAGGAAAAAGGAGGGAGAUGAAGCGAUGAAGCUCCAACAGAAGUUUGUGACCGAGUCCAGGUGAGGUGGCGGUGGGCGGGGCUUAGCCUGCUGAGCCACCGUCUGAUUGGUGGGUGGUAAUGAUCGCGACUGGCGGCCUUCUGCGGAUCAAUGCACGGCGACAGGAUUCACUGAGGUCCAAACCACACAAACCACACACUCACAAGAGGAAGAGCAAGAAGAAGAGGCGGAGCGAGGUGGUGGUGGUGAAAGGGAAGUUGAAGCUGGUUUCAGUCUCGGGUCUGGUGGCGGCGCUCGGGAUCCUUGUCCUGCUGGUGGGCAUGGUCAUGGCGGCUCUGGGCUACUGGCCUCGAGGUGGACUGUUCCUCAGUGCUCGGCCUCAGGAGGGCGCCACCAUGGCUUCAGUGUCCUCCAGUGACUCAACACCUGCACCUGCUGACAAUCAGGGAGGAGACAGGAUGGAGGAACCUGAAGGAGAGGAAGGACACAGCAGAGGAGGAGGUGAAGGAGAUAGAGCAGGAGUUGAUGAUGAAGGAGGAGGCGAUAAUGGUUUUAACCGGACAGAAACCGUGAACGGGACCAGCCGGCACCUCCCACAAGGUUUUCUGGAGGAUUUCCUGGACAGGUAUCUGUACUCUGACAGGUUGAAGGUCUUGGGUCCUCUCAUCAUGGGCAUCGGGAUUUUCCUCUUCAUCUGUGCCAACGCCGUCCUCCACGAGAACCGUGACAAGAAGACCAAAAUCAUCAACCUCCGGGACAUUUACUCCACAGUUAUCGACCUCCACAGCCUCCGUAAACCCAACACCUCCUCUGUCCGCCACUCCUCCACCAAUCCUCUCAACGGCCUUGUUAACUAUGUCCAAUCAAAGAGCCUGGAGACCAAACCCAGGGCAUAUCCUGCUUCCCUGUUGAACAGGAGUCAGAGAGGAGGAGGAGAAGAGGGAGGAGGUGGGCCAUUGUCCAGGCAACCAGGAGAUGGAGGAGGAGGAGGUUUGGGCAGUGAUGGAGAAGGAGGAGGCACUGUGUUCAGUAUCUACCAGGAGCAGCCCCUCACUCCUCCUACCCCCUCCUCUGUCUCCCUCAACUUCAGCCCCCUCCACCUCCCAACCUGUUGGACCUCCCUGCAGAAGGAGGCACUCAGUUCCCUCACCUUGCCCCUGCGCCGACCACGGCCUGCUAGUCCCCGCAGGAGGCACUCUGCUCGGGCUGGUAUGAGCUGGAGCACAGAGGGGGAGGAGGAGAGAGGGAGGGAGGGGCGAGGCCACCACCAGGAGGACGAAGUGAAGGAGGAUGAGGUGUAUGCAUGUUUGUCAACUCCUCUGUGCUCCUCUACCCGCCCACAGCUCAGACCCUUCCAGGGUUCCUGCAGCCCCUCCAGCUUCCAUGAGGAGGCACCAGGAGGCUCCAAGGCCCUGCUCCUCCUCUCCUCCUCCUCCCUCACGCCCUCCCACCUGUCGCUGUCCUCCUUGUCUCACCUCCUGUCGUCCUCCUCAUCCACGCUGCCUCAACCCUGCAGGAGGCGAAGCCUGCCGACUAGCAGCAGCACGACAGGUUACAGUAAACUGACACAUGGUGAGGAGGAAUCGUUUGAGUCGACAGAGAUGACAUUAUCACAUCAUGUGACAUCACACAGGAAGUACUCCAACAGAGAGAAGCUAAGGAUGAUUGCACAGGUGGAUUCUGGUCAGAGGCAGGAGGAGGAGGGCAGAGGAGAUGGGUCGGGCAGUUGAUUUAGUGACUGACAGCACAACUGUGAGGUCAUAUGACUUUUUGAUGACAUCACUAUGAAAUCAGGAUGUGUUCACGCAAAGCUGAGAAACAACGAAACACAAAACUGAUGAACAGACCGUUGAGUCAAACUGGUUGUCAUAGCAAUAAGGAGUCUUCCAGAUUAACCAAUGACAGCACAAAAGGAAAAUUAACAAAUGAACUUUGUUUUAUUUGCAUUAAUCAGCUCGUUAACUGACUGCUUGCUUAUCAAAAAGACUGGGAAUGUUUUUGUACUAAAUCAUUAUGUGUUCAUGUUACAUGUGUAGCCGAUCAGAGAAGAAACAGAAAUGUUCAGACUGUUUUAUAAUCUGUUGUCACAGAAGAGAAAACAUUUGAGCUUCUGAAUGUCACUUUGUUCUUCUGUCCUGUUUAACAUCAACAAGCACAACAUGGAACCUUCACAGACUGAUGGACAUCUCACACAAAUAUCAACAAUAUUUAUUUAUUUGUAAUUGAUCUACACAGGAAGUUUCAUUAAGGCCAGGACACUUUUUUAAACCUGAGAACAAGAACAAACACAUAUGUCAGAUGCAUGUCUGACUUCAGUUUCACUUUAAUAAAAAUGUUAAAAAAAAAAAAAAAAAGAGGAAUCCCAAACACCUAAUGGUGAGCUGACAAAUUUUGAGUGUUUGAAACCUUCUGUGACCACCACAUUAAGAGAGGAGUCUGAGGCGUAUAUCUUCAUAUCAUCUGCAAAAAGAUGUAGAAUACAAAUUGCUGUGUAUAGUUUCUGUAGGAGAAUAAAAGAGAAGCGGGCCAGUGGGACACCCUCACAGAAACUGCUGAGUCUGACCAGAGAGACGUUAAACCAUUUUGUCCAUUCAGGACUCACAAAGAGGACUCACACAGUAUUCGUCAGAUGAUCUUCGCUGUCAUGGUAACAAUAAUAUACACAUAAAUAAAGGUGCAAAGACGCUAUUUUAAAGACAUCAGAUAUCCACUGAUGUUAGCAGGCUAACCAGCUGGCUGAGAAUCUCUUUUUCACAGCAACCCAAAGCUCCUCCAAGCACUUCCCUGGUAGUCUGGCUAGCUGCAUGGCUAACUGAGCAAACAAGUGAACAGUAGCUACAGUCAUGGAUGUAAAACUAAUACAGCUAGCAGCAGUUAGUAGUUAAUCUGAUGAUAUUCUGCCCCCCAUUUUUGGGAGUUGUUGUAGUUUCACACUGGAAACAAACUUUGGUUUCCAUGGUAACAGUCCUGUUUGGCCUACCCAGACUUUUCUUGGUCUUUAUAUGACAUCACAUUAAAACAUGACACUAGAGGGCAGCUGAACUUUGAUCGUGUGAAGUGUUGUUACAACAGCACUGCUGUAUUUUAAUGUGUCGUGUUUAACAACACACCUGGUGGGGAAAUAAGAAAUCAAAAGGGUUUCCUUAAAUGAUCUUAUGAAUGAAAUAACAACUCGAUUUUCUCUGAUGGGGUAAAACAGUAAGACACCGAAGAUGAUCUGUGACUUUAAAAGACUGAAAUUCUGCAUACAGAACAUUUAUAACCAUCACAGGAACCAUCUCAUUUGAACUUAAUGUCUAAAUGUAGUUUGUUUGUCUCCCAGCAGACAGCCUGUUGAUGGGUUCAUCAGUGUAUUUGUUAAUGAAUGAACUGUAAACAUUAUGACAUCACAUGUUUUCCAUCAGCAUGUAGCUGUGGACACUGACUGAUGAUGUGACCGUCAGCAAACUGAGCCUGCUUCAACUCAACAGCACAACAGCCAAUCAGCUGAUAGCUUCCACUCGCUGCUUCCUGUGAGUGUUUCUGCUGAAACAUUGGAUCAAUAAAUCUGAA